UGACGACAGGUCAUCACGUGACCACGCGACGAUGAGUCGUCAGCUCAGGCAUUCGUGAGUCACGUCACGGGGACGCGGUGGAGGAAAGCAGGUAUAAUUUCAAGGCGGCCAUGUUGGCCUCAGGAAAUGCAUUCCUGUUCUUUCCCUUCUCUUCUUUCCAUACAGAGCGAGCGUGCCGCGUUUAUUUCUGCUCUCCUUCCAGCUGCAUACUCUUCGUUUUGGCUGGGCCAAUUGGGCCAAUUAGCCUCCGCCAUAACCUCCAACAACGCUUACGCUUUCCUGAUCCCGGCCGAACGGUAGAACCUCCGUCUUCGGACGGCAGAAGACUGACAACGCAGCCUCGAUCGUGCCAUUGGCAGUCUUUGUCUGCCGGUGGAAGCCGCGGCGACCCGAAUCUGCUAUUCCAUUAUCCAGCAUCUCCUCCUCGCCUCCGUCCUUUAAGAGCCCUUUCAGUUCAUGGCUUCAUCCCCCAGCAGCUGGGCAUACGUCUCAUCAUCUCAGGUUGACUGAAAGGACAACGAGGCAUACGAUCUUUUUCCGAGGCUUUAGAUCAUACAGGCGAACUUGGGAAAGGGAAUAGCAACCAAAGGCACAAACCAAGAUGGACGCCAGCUGUCAGUGCGGAGCCGUCGGCUUCAAGACGCCCACACCAAAACCACUUGCGUUGUACAUCUGCCAUUGCCAGGACUGCCAGCGGCAGACCAGCUCGGCGUUUGGCAUGUCAGCCAUCUAUCCCAGGUUCCAGCUGCCGGAUGCCGAGUUGUUGAGCUGUUACAAACGCUUGACUCAGA